CCAAUACUUAUCUUAAGACACAAAGCUUUAAAUGGUUCCAUUUGGUUGAUGUGUGUCGCACCAGUGCCAAAAACACGAUGGUUUUCCCCAAACCUAAACAUCACCGUCGUUACUUUUCUGCAACCACUCUGUGUUCAUCUUCUUCUUCUUCUUCCAACGACGCUUUCGUUGGAGAGAGAGCGAUCGUGUACCUUAAACGCCACCCUCAAAUGCUCCCAUCACUCUCUCCUCGUUUCACUCCCCAAGCCGCUUCCUACGUUUUACUCCACUCCCAAUCCAACCGCGGCAUUCUCCUCAAAUUCCUCUCAUGGGCCCAAGCGCAAGCCCAGGCCCAGGACCAGGCUCACACUUUCCUCACCCCCCACUGCAAGUGUCUCGCCAUUCACAUUCUCACCCGCUUCAAGCUCUACAACACUGCGCAUUCCCUCGCCGCCACCCUCAUCGACCACACUGCCGCCGACCUUUUCCGUCACCUUCACGACACCUACUACCUCUGCAACUCCUCUUCCGCCGUCACCGCAGCCGGUGCUUUCGACCUCGUUGUCAAAUCCCUCUCCCGCCUCGACUUCCCCGACAAAGCCCUGGCAGUCCUCCGCCUCGCCACCCGCCAUGGCUUUGCGCUCGCCGUCCUCUCCCACAAUGCCAUCCUCCAUGCGCUCCUCCGCCGCCAGCACCACAAAAACUCCCUUCGCCAAGCCGAACAACUGUUCCGCGACAUGAUCCGCAACGGCGUGUCGCCGAACGUGUACACUUACAACAUCAUGAUUCGCGGCGUGGUUGACCGGGGAGACUUGGAGAAGGGGUUCGGGUUCAUGCGCGAGAUGGAGAGGGAAGGGGUUUCGCCGACUGUGGUUACGUACAACACGCUGAUCGACGCUUGCUGCAAGAGGAGGAGGGUGAAGGAGGCGAUGGUGCUGCUGAGAGUGAUGGCGGCGCGGGGCGUGGUUGCGAAUUUGAUUUCAUACAACUCGGUGAUCAAUGGAUUGUUUGGUGAGGGGAGAAUGUGUGAGGUUGGGGAAUUGGUUGAGGAGAUGAGUGAUAAAGGGUUUGUUCCUGAUGAGGUCACUUAUAAUACUCUUGUCAAUGGGUUUUGCAAGGAGGGGAAUUUCCACCAGGGGUUUGUGCUGCUUUCGGAGAUGGUUGAGAAGGGGUUGUCACCAAAUGUUGUUACAUACACUACUUUGAUCAACUGUAUGUGCAAGGCUGGGAAUUUGAGUCGAGCGAUGGAAAUUUUAGAUCAGAUGCGUGUUAGGGGGCUGAGGCCGAAUGAGAGGACUUACACAACCUUGAUUGAUGGGUUCUGCCGGAAAGGGUUGCUGAAUGAUGCUUAUAGGGUCUUGAGUGAGAUGAUUGUUAGUGGAUUUUCGCCGUCGGUUGUGACUUACAACGCGCUUGUGCAUGGAUAUUGCUUUCUGGGGAGGGUGGAGGAGGCUGUGGGGAUUUUGAAGGGGAUGGUUGAGAGGGGGCUGUUUCCUGAUGUUGUUAGUUAUAGCACUGUUAUAGCUGGGUUUUGCAGAGAGAGGGAGCUGGGGAAAGCCUUUCGAAUGAAGGAGGAGAUGGUUGAGAAGGGUGUUAUGCCUGAUGGGAUUACAUAUUCCUCGCUCAUAGAGGGUCUUUGUCUGCAGCACAAACUGGUGGAAGCUUUUGAUUUGUUCCGAGAGAUGCUGCAGAUGGGUCUCCCGCCUGAUGAGGUUACGUAUACUAGUUUGAUUAAUGCUCACUGCGUUGAAGGUGAGUUGAGCAAGGCUCUUCGUUUGCACGAUGAAAUGAUGCAGAGGGGUUUUUUGCCUGAUGAUGUUACCUACAGUGUGCUUAUUAAUGGACUUAAUAAGAAGGCUAGGACGAAGGAGGCAAAGAGGCUUCUUCUGAAGUUGUUUUAUGAGGAGUCUGUACCAAAUCAUGUAACAUACAAUACACUGAUCGAAAACUGCAGUAAUAAUGAAUUUAAGAGCGUGGUAGGUCUUGUGAAAGGAUUCUGCAUGAAGGGUUUGAUGAAUGAAGCGGAUCAAGUUCUUAAGACAAUGCUUCAGAGGAAUCAUAAGCCUAAUGUAGCAAUUCAUAAUUUGAUAAUACACGGACAUUGUAGAAGUGGAAAUGUUCACAAGGCAUAUAAGAUGUAUACGGAGUUGGAACAUCAUGGUUUUGUUUCUCAUACAGUGACUGUAAUUGCUCUCGUCAAGGCACUAUCUAGGAAAGGGAUGAAUGAUGAGCUGAGUCAGGUUUUGCGAAAUGUGUGGAGGAGUUGUAAGCUUAAUGAUGCUGAGGUAGCUAAAGUACUUGUUGAGGUUAACUUCAAAGAAGGUAACAUGGACGCUGUUUUGAAUGUGCUAACUGAAAUGGCCAAGGAUGGCCUGCUACCUAACGGUGGCAUGCAUUCAUUUGCUCCGGGAAGUACCUAAUGUCUUUCCUCUCGUGCACUGAACUGUGCUUUGUAUGCUGAAAUUAGAAUGGAUCCUUCUAGCUCACACCUAGCAUGUUUGGCUUGGACUUACAAUGUGAAAAUGAAACCCUAGCUCCACAGUUAUCAAAGAUCACCAUCUUGGACAGGUAAACUAUAUCCUAUCUGUUUUCUCAAUCAAGUCCUAAACAAAAUUUAUUUGUGAGGUGUUUCUUGCAAUUGUGUAUUAUUUUUCGUUUUCAAUGUCCUUCCCGCAACGUGUGAAUUUUUUUACAUCAAAAAGUCAUUUCUUUGCUAAUUACACAAAAUAUAUCAAAAUAAUUCGUAAUACAAUUUCAUUCUUAUUCUUUCAUGUGAUUCAAACAACCAAAUGUGGCCUUAUUAUUUUCUUUUUAUAAUUGUCAAGCAUGAAGUAUUCAAAAAAGGACAUUGUUGUGUUUUUUCUUAGUGUGUAUUUCAAAUUACAGGUUCUUAUAAUCGCCGAUUUACGUAAUUUCAAUUUGUUGGACUUUAUUAUUUUUUUCAUGAAUGGGUGCUGCUGAAGUCAAGAAAGCAUAAUCUGGGCAUGCUAUGCCUUUUAUUUUAGCAUUCGAAUUGUAAAUUUGAAUCUUAGAUUCUUUGCAAAACCACAUGAAUAAAAUGCUUUUAAUUGUUUAACUCCAUUUAUCGGCCAGGUCAUUAGAAAUUUCAUUCCUGUUUUUUUAUAUUAAUGAUUUAAUGGUUCUCCAGCUUCCUCUCCUUUUUGAUAGGUUGUGUUAUUAGUGAUAAUAAUUUGCAGUGAAUGAUAUUUUUAAUCUGAUUUGUAAUAUAUUUCUCUUUUACCAGAACCGAAUUGGCGGUGAUUGCUGAUGUUCUUAAAUUUUUGCGUUACGUUGUCACUAAACUAGAGACAAGGUUCUUUUUAUUUGUUGCAGAUCACUCAGUGGAGAUGAAAUCUCGUCUGCUACAUAUAAUAUAAACUAAGUGGUAAAUCAAAUGAUUUUCUCAUGGAAGGAAUCUUGGGCAUCGGUAGGAAUCUGUUAAACAACCAUUGCCAAAGCCUUCGACAAUGAAAUCAGUCAAAACCAUGGAGGUAAAAGUUUCUUUGCAAAGAUAAGGGUAGUUUGGACCAUGGUGAGGGUAGUGGCAGAGCUUAUUUGCAAGAAAAGUUUCCAGACAUCUUGAAAACUAGAAGGAUGAAUUUGCAUAACGUUCAACUGGGGAGGACUAUAAUAAGGGAAAGUAUCCUAUCGGAAAGGCUUUUGCCGAAAAAGGAAAUUUGAUACAAUUAAUUUGGACCAACUAAAUGCUUUGUGUGGAAGUCACAAGUGGUUUGUCAAGAGAAUAUAUUUAUUGUCGCAACUAGAGAAGAGUAUUUACUGAAUGUUCUUCAGGAAGAGAACACAUACAAACACAUAAAUAGAAUGCAAGAAAUGGAAGAAGGCACAAUCCGUUGAGAUUUUCAUCUGGCAUAUGUAAACAAGCUGUUCCAAUACCAGAUUUUAUUUAAUUCUCAAAAAGAGUCGUUGCUUACAUUGGAAGCCUCAAAUAGUGGGGAGCCUAAAAUUAUUCCCCAUGAUUUUUUCAUUUAUUUAACACUAAUAUUGGGAAUAGAUGUAAGUCAUUUCUUUUUAGGUAAGGACAGAGACUGUUAGACUGAUUUAGAUGACAGUAGAUUUCACGAAAGAUUACGAGAUAUGUCCUUGUAGACUAAGCCUUGUAAAAGUUUACUAGAAUCACAUGCGUACAAACUCUGUACAUUGGUUGAAAAACCUAAUCAGAAGCUCAACCCGCACUUCUUUAGCCCUGAUCAGAUGCUGGAGAGGAUUGGAAAGGUACAACCAGUUCCCUUGUGUUGUCAGACUCGUGCACAUGAACUGCCAACCUAAACAGAUUCUUGAUACAUGUCAAAUUCAAACAGGAGAUCUUGAUUAUUAGUCCGUGGGUAUCAUUUCCGCACUUCUGAACAUAACUGGGAAUCUGAAGCUAAUAUCCGAGCUUCCUUUCGUGGUUUUCACCUUUGAUGUUAAGGUGAUUAUAGUGGGGGAAAACAUAAAUGGGAAGCAGGGGAUGAUAACCUUAGUUAAGGGGUUGUUGUAGUUAGAAGAGUUAAACUAUGGACAUAGCUCGGUGGAAAGAAUAAAGGGAAUUUGGAGUGGAAAGGGGACAGUAGUUGCAAUUCAGGAUAGAGAGGGAGAGCCCUGAAUCUCUCAAAUAUUCAGGAAUUUCAUUUACUAUUCUUGUAUAGAUUAUUGUACCCAUGCUAGGGACAGGAUUGGGAAGUACGGUUCAUUGAUGAAGAUUCAUUAUUUUGUUCACAGGCUGGUAGAACUAUAUCAAAAUCACAGAAAGAAUGUGGCUUAUUGACUUCAAAAGGCAACACUUGAAAUUGCAUUUUUCAUGUUGAGAUAAUUGAUAUAUGUUCGUGAACAAAUUCAGCCUUUCCAAAGGUAAAAAUGUUGUAGUUUGCAUGUAUAAUAUAUUCAGUUGUUAAAUGGUUACAUGAAAGAUUUCGCGAAUUACAAUUUUAAACCUUACAUAGCAA